UGGUUGAACGUGUUCUUCAUGUCUGGAGAACAUGUACCAGCUGACACGCAACAGGAAUUACAAGCUGAGAGUGGAUCUGGAGGACUUUCAAGGAAAUAAAGCUUUCGCUCAGUAUUCGUCCUUCUCUGUGGAUCCUGAAGCUGACGGGUAUGAACUGCAUGUUUCAGGAUUCACUGAUGGAGGAGCUGGUGACUCUUUAUCUGGCCAUAAUGGAUACAAGUUCUCCACCUUUGACAAGGACCAAGACAUCAGUCCACUUAACUGUGCCAAACGCAGUCUCGGGGCAUUUUGGUACUUUAAAUGUCACCAUGCAAACCCCAAUGGUUGGUAUUUAUGGGGUGAAGAUGCCACCCAUUACGCUAUUGGAAAUGUUUGGUUUACAUGGAAGGGUUACGCUGUUGGUAUGAAAUCCAUCAGCAUGAAGAUCAAACCUGUGUCUUAGAAGCAUUACAGUGCUUCUCAGAA